AUGGCUGAAGCAAUGGGAAGCGGCGGAGAUAAGAUUCUCCGAGAAGCAGUUCGGCAAAAUCUUGAUAGGUGGCUCACAAAAUUAGAUUGUUCGGGAGAUGUCAAAAAAAAGUUGGCGUUCAAAAUGAAGUUCGUGGAGAAAUUGCGAGACUCUCCGGUGGCUAUUGAGACUGCACGAGCGAACGAACAACACUACGAAGUACCGACUGAUUUCUUUCGUACGGUGCGUGAGCCUCUUUACUUUCGAUAUCGGUAACUUUUGGGCAAAAGUAAGCAUUUAAACCCAAACAAGUAGUAGAAUUGAGGUGUAUUCAGACUUGAGGUCGAAGGUUAAAGACAGAAUGAUGUAAUUGAUGGUUGGUUCACGGGGUUCAGAGUCAGAGUCUCCCGCUUCGCGUACUACGUUCUCCUACCUCCCGUGCUUUUGUGCCCCUUUGCUUCCCGACUCCCACCCACCUUCAUUGUGUUGCUCUUGUCUUCAGGUUUAUCAAGGUUAAUUAAGGCCUUAGCCUUGUCCAAAAUAAAAAAUUGCGUUGAAAAGUGAACCACUCUGCACUCUCUAGCGCGCUCACUGAAAUGGCAUUCCUUUGAACCAAGUUUGUACCUUGAGGCAAAAUCUGCAGUAAUUUGGGAUGAGCAGUCAUGCAGACCGAGCUCCCAAGAAGGUCUUCCAUGGACGGAUUUUUCGUUGCCACAGCGAAAAAUACCGAGGCCGACUAAUUUAGUCUUUGACGACAUUUGACCUGAGUGACCCUGAAUCGCUUCCUUUGCUAGCUUACCAGACACUGAAGUAUAACUGUACAUGUGUCAUGUGUCAUGCUAUCUUAUGACCUAUGUCAUAAUUUAAGUGAAGGGAUUUCCAAAUUCACUGGAAGUAAUGCUGUUCUCCAGCCUGAGUACAAAUUUAUGUUUUCUUGCUUUCAAAGUUUUCUUUUAAGCACUGGUGAUGUUAAAUGGAAAUUUCAAAACUUUGCUAGAUAAGUAUUUUUGACUGAAUAAUACCUAAUAAUAAAUAACAAACUAUUGCCUUCUUCAUUUCUGCUCCCGCUUCCUGCCCUCUCCUGCCCCCUGUUCUCCUAGGCUCCAACCCCCCAUCCCCCUCCACUUGCUAUGGAACCAAAUGUAAUUUUUGCAAUCCUAACUUAGUCACUUUCUGUUUUAUAAGCAUCUACCUUAACUUAUUAAGCCUUGCUAAGAAGCUCAUCCUAAAUUAGUUGACACAUUUGUAAAACUGAAAGUAGAACACUAUUUUCUUACCCCCGAAUCCCAAGUGUGCUACCCCAUAUGCAAUCCCAUUAUAGCCAACCCAGUCAUCAAAAUGCAACCCCAUCUGGUGGCACAACCCUUUAGUAAAUAACUAGGAAGUACCUCUCUCUGGGUUAUGGAAUGGGGAAACUCUUUUAGUUAGAAACAUAAGAAAUGUCGAGACAGAAAUCUAAAGCCACUUAAUGUAUAAACCUAUCUGUUAGUGCUUUCAUACAGUAUAACAGACACAAUGAACUUCUUUUGUAAGACCUACUGGUGUGAGGAAUCAAAAAAGAUAACACUGAAACUAAAGCAAAACCACUUAUUGAAACAAAGUUUGGAAAGAAUCACUUAAUUUGGAAUUCUGAAAUCUUUGAGUGCAUCAAUUUGUUGGAAGAGAUGCCUCAAAAUGGUUGGUGCACAAUUCAACCAAUAUUAGUUAUGUAUGAUACUACCAAAUUGUUACUCAAGUUAGAUCUUUGUUGCAGGUACUUGGAAAAAGACUCAAAUAUAGUAGCUGCUACUGGCCAGAAAAUGUCACAACACUGGAGGAAGGUAAUUGGAACAAUAAUGCACAAUUUAGUUUGGUGGUGGAGGGAAAGUGCAGCAAUGAGAGAACUGACUUUCUACAGUUGUGGCUCCAUAUGAUUCAAUUCCUGGACCCAUAGUCUCAUUUUGGUUGAAUCCCCUGUUUGCUCUGUAAGGGUUUUUCAGUCAGGCUUCUCCAUUUUUCCACUCUUCUUUCCCUCUGACUUAGUAGCAAUGGACAUUAAGGGGUGUAGCUAGUAGCUUUCAACACCAAAAUCCAAUUCAUCAUCUGACUAGGAUUGCUAUUUGCUGCUUUUCAUGAAUAGUACAGUAGCUUGUUUUACAGUGUACUAAGUAAGGUUUGGCAUCUUGGCAAUAAACAAGAACUUCUUCAUUCCAGAAGCAUCUGAUGUAACAUAUUGGUAACUUUUGCGUAGUUUCAUGAAGACACAUGUCAAUCCUUGACUACCCUAUUUUACCAAGAUAAUUUGAGUACAAAAAAGGCUCCAAGCCUGUCUUAAGACCACAAAUUUUUUACCCCAAGUUCUGAAAACUAAGGGCUUUAUCCUGUAAUUUUCAAUUAAGGUCUAUUUUUGCAAAUAAUCUGGAGGAAUUAAUUGUGUCAUUCUCAGCAUUUGUUGUUCGGGACAUAUUUUCAAUUGGUAAAAGUUGCAGAUGAUAAUCUUAUUUUACCAGUUUGAUAGAUGCACAAUACUACAUUCCCUCUUCCUGGCAUGAUGAUAAUUCAUUAAAACUAGAUAUUGUUGUUGGUUUUUAGCGGAGGACUCUAUGCUUAAGCUGGUUUGUGAAAGAGCUAAGGUAGAAGAUGGGAACUCAAUUAUGGUAUGUACCUUUGCAUAAGCCCAUGGAGGACCUACUAGAGAAAGUUACUCACUGCUGCCCAAAUGUGGGUCUGCAAUAAUUUUCCGAUGAAAUGGAAACUAAUGUAGGCUUUCAAAUACAAUUUUUUUUGUACUGCAACACUUCCAAACCCACUGAGUUCUACUUUAGACAUCUCUUUUUUUUUAAGGGUUAGGAGGGAGAUUGAGGCCUAUUUUUAGUAACUCGAAGUUUUAGACAUGAGGCUUAAGACAGAGGAGGGGUUUAUUUCAAUGUUUAUAGUCUCUAGCAUUUUAAAUUGAUCAGUUCAGAAAACUCACACCACCUGCUAAAAAACCAAUUGCAGCUUGGUUACUUUGAAAUUAAUUUUCCUGUGCUUUAAGUCAUUCACUUGUCUUGAAUUUGCAUCUCAUGGGCUCCCUGUGAUAAAUUCCUUUUUUUAGGCUGGCCAUUGUGAUCACUGUGUUUUUCAAUUUUACAGUACUCAAUCAAAACAUGCUGUUAUACCACCUACUUACAUUGGAGACCCUUAACUAUGUAUGCACUAAUAAACUGUACUUCCAGCAAGUCAUAAUUAGGAGCUAGGGUUCUGCAGAAAGCCAGGGAACAUGUAUGUCUCUGAGGUGAUAGUAAUGCAUAUUACAGACAGAAUUGUGAAAUGAGAAUUGUUUGUUGUUACACAGGACUUGGGCUGUGGAUGGGGAAGCUUGGCUCUAUGGUUGUGUGAACAUUAUCCUAACUGUACAGUGACAACUGUAUCUAACUCCAAGACUCAGCGUGAGUGGAUUGAAUCUGUGGCUCAAAGGAAAGGAUUCAGUUCUAGAAUUAAUUGUAUCACAUCAGAUGCCAAUGUGUUCAACACUUCCUCAAGAUUUGACCAAAUCAUCUCCAUUGAAAUGUUUGAGGUGAGAACUGUUACCUGUUUCACCUUAUCCAGCACUGUAUUUCAAUCAUGGAGCAUUUUUUCAAUAUUUCAGUUUCGGCUCUAUUCCUAACAAGGUAACAUCAAAAUUGAGGUAGGUUGAGGUACUGUGAUGAAGAAGAAGGGGAUUCAACUUUCUUACAUUUUUUAGGAAAUAACUUAAUAGACAUUUCAAGUCAUUUUACAUUCCUUUCUAGAAAAUGCAAGCCGAAAAAACUCGGUUGAUAACUUACAGUGCGGCCCUCGCACGGUUAAUAAGAGGUAUUUAGCAAACAACAGCAUUACAUACAGCCUAUUCUUGUGCGUGAAUUUCUGCGAUGUUUCACCCCAAAAGAGGCAGGGAACAAAAAAUUAUACCCAGCUGCACAGCUUCUUGCUCCGUUGCGAGGGGAGUCACUACAACUAUAUUGUCAGUCUGAUCACGCUCUUACCACUCUGUCAUAUCAGACACGGACUAAAGAUAACUUCCCCAUGCAGAAGUUGAUAGGUUUGUAAACACUUGGAGUCCUCACUUCUUAGAUGCCAUAUACCAUUUCUCGAUAUAGCUCAGAUGUGUGCCAUAGUUUUCUGAGAAAGUCAGAGAGGGUCAUUACAACACACAACACAGUACUCACAACAGCAGUAUAGUGGUGCUAAAACGGAAUUUGAGAGGCUCAGGUUUCAGCCCGUGCAAGCGUACUUGUGCAAAAUGUAUAUCAAUAUAACAUUCAAGUAGCAUCAUGUGUUGUGGUCAAUGAUGUUCAUAGCUGUACCUCAUCAUUUCUAGCUCAAAACAUAGAAUUCAUUACUGUCUGGAAAAUAUAGUGCGAAGUCUCUUAGUAAGUGUAGAAGACAUUCCUCAGAGUGCCCUUUUCAAUUGCUACUGAAAGAGUUUGGAUUAUGGGUUAAUUUUCGAUUAACAAAAGACUUGACAUUGGAUCCUUUUUUACAGCACAUGAAGAACUAUGACGAGUUAAUGAGUCGAGUGGCCAGCUGGUUGAAGCCAGGAGGUUUGCUGUUCGUCCAGAUUUUAUGUCACCGCGAGUUCGCUUACAACUUCGACACCAAGAAGAAUUCAGACACGGAAUGGAUGGCACGGAAUUUUUUCAGUGGGGGCACAAUGCCCUCCUCUGACUUACUGUUGUACUUUCAGAAGGAUUUGGGUAUCAAGCAUCACUGGCAGAUCAAUGGAAAUCAUUACGCUCGCACUUUAGAAGCCUGGCUGGUCAAGAUGGAUAAACAACAAGCCACAGUGAGGGAGAUAUUCCGUACCACAUAUGGCGGCGAUCAAGUAGAUGAGCACGUUUUCAACUGGCGCAUGUUCUUCAUUUACUGCGCCGAGGUGUUUGCCUUUAGGGGUGGAAGCGAGUGGAUUGUAUCACAUUACCUCUUUCAAAAGAACGUAGCUAGUAGUUUGUAGAAUUUAAGUGAAAGGACAACGCGGUUUUGGGUGAAGAAUGUCAUGCAUAUGUAUCAGUCACGUUUUAAAUAACAUUACCUCUUUCAAAAUUACAGAGCUAGUAGUUUGUAGAAAUCAAGUGUAGGGACAGCACGGUUUUGGGUGGGAGGUGGGUGAAGAAUGUCAUGCAUAUGUAUCAGUCACGUCUUAAGUAACUGUACGGUAUUGAUCACGCUUGUUCGGUACAAAAAUUAUUUCUAAUUUGCCUAAAGGUUAACGCUAACAUGGAUUUCGUUUCAUUGCGGAAUAAACGCACAUGGUCGUCUUAGUUUUAUCUUUUUUGAUUUUCUCCAAGACGUGCUUUUGCUUUACGUUACAACUCCAUUCGACAAAAAGUUUUUCCGUUAAAAAUGCUUUUGGGAGGUACGAAGCAAACCGGCUUAAUGUACCUCGCUCGGGAAACGUACAGAACACAGAGUUUGUAUCAAUUUCCCGCCCUUGGACUGAGCUGUGACAUACCUUACUGUUCAUUGUCACUGGCCAAAGGGAAACGAACCACUCUUCUUUGGUUUUGUUAAACAGCUGUUAGAAAAUGUGAU